UCCACCGGAGGACACACUCUGCGCACCAUCUCCCGGGUUUGAACCGCAAAGCAACAAAACAUUUGUCCCCUCCAAAAAAACAAAAAACCAAAGAGCCAGUUUAUGAGCUGCAGAGAGGUGAUGGAUGAAAGGAUACCGCACUUACAGGACAGGCAGUUCAUGGAGCACACGGAUUUUUUGGGGAUGGAUUUCCCUCCGCUCUACAUGUGCAAAUCUAAACGAGGCAUAAAGAGGGAGGACGGUGGGAAGGACGCAUACAAGUUACCGCAUCGGCUCAUAGAGAAGAAGAGGAGAGACAGGAUAAAUGAAUGUAUCGGCCAACUUAAGGAUCUACUGCCCGAACAUCUGAAGCUGUCGACGCUCGGGCAUUUGGAGAAAGCGGUUGUUCUGGAGUUAACGCUGAAGCAUCUGAACGCAUUGACUGCUGUCACUGAGCAGCAGCACCAGAAGAUCAUCGCCUUGCAGAAUGGAGAUCGCUCAAUGAAACCCCCCAUCCAUGCUGAUCUAGAUGCGUUCCACUCUGGGUUCCAGACCUGCGCCAAAGAGGUCCUGCAAUACCUGAGCCAAGCUGAGAAUUGGACCGCCAGAGAACAGAGAUGCGCACAGCUGAUCAACCAUCUCCACAAGGUGCUGGCGCAGUUCCAGCCUGAUGCUCCGCCGCUCCAGCAUCAGCUACCCGCCGGGGACGCGCAGGAUGCGCAAAAGUCCGAGGGUCAGGCCAACUGCGUCCCUGUCAUCCAAAGGACCCAGGGAGGGGAGUUUAACGAAAACGACACAGACACGGACAGUGGAUAUGGUGGGGAGGCAGAGAAAAGCGAAAGGAAAGAUAAAGAAUGUGAGCGAAACAAAGCGGUGAAAAUUAAGCAAGAGUUUGGAGAUGACAGAGCGCCCAAGAAAGCUAAAAUGUGCUGGUCUGCCGGGGACCCGACCAGGCCAGAUGUGGCGUUUAUGAACUCUUUGAUGGGAAUAAGUGGUGUACAACAGACACCCAUUUGCAUGCCUUUCUACUUCAUCAACCCAUCAGCAGCGGCGUCAUGUAUGCCUUUUUUUGACAAAAACAACAUUGAAAAGUACAUGUACCCAGCAGCGGCCGCCCUUGCGUCUCCGUUCCCCUGGCUGUACCCGGCGCACGCGUCAGCAGCAGCGGCCGCGGCAGCAGCUGCAGCUUUCCCAGGUCUCUCUGCGCACAUCGCCGCUCACCCCAAAGACUCGCAGCUUCAAGACGAGACUGGAUCAUCACGCGAGACCAGGGCGAGCUCACCUGAGGAGUGCGAGGAAACUCCCCUGAGUGACGACGGAGAGGAUGACGUAGAUGACGCGUCCCCAGACAGCAAGAAUAGCCCACAGGAGCAGUUUUCUGCCUGUCAGACCAGCUAAUAAGUCUAUGUACCUCUCUGAGUUUCUGUAUUUACAUUUUUUUUUUUAAUUAUUCAGGCUACUUUUAAAACGGGGAGGUUAUCAUGUAUACAAUAUCUUGGGGCAGCAGGGGACAGCAGUAUGGAAGCCCAGAUCUGCCAUUUUAAAGUAUGAAUGAAACAUGGUAUAAUAUUAAUAUGGGCUGAAAUGUCAUUGUUUUGAGAUACAAAGUCAUUUGCACUGUAGCAGUGUUGCCCAGCUGCAAGAAGGUUCUGGGUUCAAAUCCCAGACUGAAUCAAGUUUGUGUACUCAGGCUUCCUCCCACAGUUAGAUAAUGAAGCUGUUUGAUUAGUGAUCAUGCUUUCUAGGUAUGUGUUUAUUUAUAGUUGCUUUGAAUCAGCCUAUAUCCAGUUACUGCUGGAGAUGGGCACCAGGCCCCUGAGCAAGCUGGUCUUUAGAACAUUUAGAAUAAUGAUUAUGAAAUGCAAGUAUAGGAAAUGGUUUGUUAAAAAAAUAACAAAAUAGUUCAAAUAGUUUUUUAUUUACCUAUUUAUUGAAAAUUAGAUACAAAAUCAUAUUAACUUCAUAAUUUCAACAUCUGAAGUCAGUUGUGUUACUAUGAGACACAAAGAUAAUUUGGACGUCAAACAGUUAAAACUUCAACUUUAUAUAUAUUUUUAAACAUCAUUUAGUCUUUAAAAGUUGGAAUUUUGAGAUUAAAAUGAGUUAAAUGUUGACUUUUGAAAAUGACCUUAAAAUGCACCCUUACAUAAAAAAAAUAUAUAAUUAACAAAUUAAUAAUUACAUAGUUCAUAUUUCAUAGUAAAUAUUGAUGACUCUGAAACUCACAACAAUGACAGAAACUUACAAGUAUGACAUUUAGUAUACCAUAUUUUCUUCUUUAAAGUGAUGAGAUUUGCCUUCCAUACAGUUGUAAUUUUGUGUGCCUUUUGCACUUCUGCUUGUGUUAAACAAUCUGAAUGACUAUCGACAAUGAUUGACACGUCACAGCUGUGCUGUGCUGCAGAUACUUGUAGUUUUUUUUUUUCUUUUUCUUAAAUCCUAUUUGAUAAAAUAUUUUGACAUGGAAGCAUUGUUUCCAGAUCUCUAAGUAACCAACACAGCAGUGCACAAUGUUCCAACUAUAACACAUCUCAUACAUGCAUGGAUGUCUCCAGAAAGUUACGAAAAGGGGAGCACUGAUAAUCUUGGGGAGGCACACUAAAACAAAAAGAGAAUAAGAGUUUUAUUCAGGGACCUUUUUAUUGUUGACAAAAAAAAAAAAGAUCUGUCUAUGGAUUUCUUGAUGGCACAUUUUACGUGUUGUAAAGUAAUUACACCACAAAUCAGCUGAUAAAUGUAAUUAUACCCUGUUUUCUCUUAAAUCCUUUCAUAACAAAUAAGAAUGUCUGACUAAUACAUUUGUAGCAGAGGCCACUGCCCCCAUUGGGACCCCCUCGGUGACACCCAUGCAGGUGUGAGAGCUGAAACUGACCUCUGCUUAUAAAUAAGAAAUGGGGAAACUUUGGUUGUAAAUAUUAGCCUGAAGUGUAAAUGUGAGCUACAGAAGCCUGGGGAAGACAUGUAUUCCUCAUUACCUCACUCCAACUUUCCAUGAGGCUGGUUAGCUGAGAUUGACUGGGUAGUUACUGACAUGGCCACCAUACAACCUUGAACAAAAGACAAGAUCAGUUUUAACAAUCUAUAACUGAGCCUGAUAUCCUUAAGCCUGUCAUAAAUGUUUCUUUCAAUUGCCGGUGCCGUUGAGAGAACAUAACUGGAAGCUGAGACCCUUAAACUAGUUUUCUUGACCAGAACAUUGUAGUAACCUGUACCUCCGGGAAACAUUGUAGGAUAGCACCUUAUAGAUCUUUGAUAUUGAAUGUACCUGUACUUUCCCAAGUUUCCAUAUAGGAUGAUGAGACGUCAAGUGCACUUUUUUCUGCUUUUCAUCCCUCCUAAGCAGUCACCUUAUCAUUCAGAAAGUCGAUCACUGUAGGUCUCUGAUGUGUUUAGGUUUAUCUUUCAGAGAGUUCCAAUUAAGAUUGAAUUGAUUUUAAUGCUGUAAAAUGCUGACAGUUUUUUUUUCCUGUUUGUUUUAAAGAUGUUUUAAUGGGAAAUGGAGAUUUGUAAAACCUGCUCCCUGCUAUGCUUCAGGCAAUCAUUCUGUAACACCUACAUAGCUGGGAGAAAAACUGUAGUCAUUGCCAUGUUAAGAACCCUUUUCUGCUCCUUUUUUAAUUUUUACCAAAUUCUGCAACUGUAAUAAUGUUCUGCUUUGUUUUUUUUAUUGUUUCACACGCCACUGAAGAGGCACAAACUUCAUUGUGUUUUGCAAACAUUUCAAUGCUUUCGUGAUUUUUGCUCAGUUGGUUUCUGCCUCAAAGCUUUUAUCAAUGCUACACAGUGGCAUGUGUAUUUGUUUGUACAUAGCUUUUUGCAAAUAUACCAUUAAGUAUACGUUUCGUCAAUGUUGUAUAGGACCCUAGAUUUUUUUUUCUUCUUUUUAAAGUCCUACCUGAGCAACUGGUGCACAUUUCUUUUGCGCUUUACACGUAAACUGUUCUAAGUUAUUGCUGAU